AUGGAAAGUCUGGAAUUGGGGUUGAAGGACAGUAACCGGAAUGAGAACGCCGUCAAUGGAGGAAGCGCUCAAAACGGCGACGACUUCUCGGUCGACGACUUGCUCGACUUCUCAAACGGCGACGUUUUCGUUGAGGAUGAGACUGACUUGAAGGUUCAACGAAAUAGAGGAGCCGCCUCUGUUUCCCUAAACGACGAAUAUACCAUUCACCCGAGCAAUGAUUUCUCCACCGCCGCUGAAGAAAUUGGUCCUCUUCCGACGAGCGAGCUCUCUGUUCCGAUGGAUGAUUUAGCGGAGCUUGAAUGGCUAUCGAAUUUCGUGGAUGACUCUUUCACACCGUGUUCUGCUGCUCCGACGAAGAAACCGGCGUGGUUAACCGGAGACAGAAGACACCCUGUAGCGCCGGUUAACGAGGAGUUGUGCUUCAAACCACCUCCUCCGGCUAGAAACAGAACCAAACGAGCCAGAACCGGUGUCAGCGUCUGGUCUUGUGGUUCGUCGUCUUCUAGUUCUUCAACAUCGUCGUCUUCCUCAUCUGGUCCUUCAAGCCCUCUGUGGCUCUCCGGCGCUGAGUUUCUUGACGAGCCAGAAGUUAGAAGACAGAAGAAGAAGAGGAAGAAGCAGUCGUCCAUGUCGGCGAUUUGGAAAAGGGGUGAGGAGCAAUUGCAGACGCAAACGCGGCGGUGUGGUCAUUGUGGCGUUCAGGAAACGCCGCAGUGGAGAGCAGGACCGAUGGGAGGAGCGAAGACGCUGUGCAAUGCCUGUGGUGUGAGUUUCAAAUCGGGUCGGUUUUCAAUGUCGGCGAUUUGGAAAAGGGGUGAGGAGCAAUUGCAGACGCAAACGCGGCGGUGUGGUCAUUGUGGCGUUCAGGAAACGCCGCAGUGGAGAGCAGGACCGAUGGGAGGAGCGAAGACGCUGUGCAAUGCCUGUGGUGUGAGUUUCAAAUCGGGUCGGUUUUCAAUGUCGGCGAUUUGGAAAAGGGGUGAGGAGCAAUUGCAGACGCAAACGCGGCGGUGUGGUCAUUGUGGCGUUCAGGAAACGCCGCAGUGGAGAGCAGGACCGAUGGGAGGAGCGAAGACGCUGUGCAAUGCCUGUGGUGUGAGUUUCAAAUCGGGUCGGUUUUCAAUGUCGGCGAUUUGGAAAAGGGGUCAGGAGCAAUUGCAGACGCAAACGCGGCGGUGUGGUCAUUGUGGCGUUCAGAAAACGCCGCAGUGGAGAGCAGGACCAAUGGGAGCGAAGACGCUGUGCAAUGCCUGUGGUGUGCGUUUCAAAUCGGGUCGGUUGUUGCCCGAAUACAGACCAGCUUGUAGCCCAACGUUCUCGAGCGAGCUCCACUCCAACCACCACCGUAAAGUCGUUGAAAUGCGUCGGAAGAAGGAGACGUCCGAUGAUGCUGAUGAUGAAACCAGUUUGAAACAGCCGGUUCAGACGGUUCAAGCUGUGCCGAGUUUUUGA